GUGCGCGGCCCACCCGCCCCCUCUCCCGCGCCCCCACCAAUGGUGCCCCGGUGAGACAAGACGACGACGACGACGAUGAUGAUGAUGAGGAGGGGGGUGUCCACCAGGCACACAACCGUCGUCUGUGUCCGCUGUACAGCGAGGCUAAACACGGCGUAAACUAGCCACCCUCCCCCAGUCUCGGCGCGGGACUUCCCGGCUGAGUAGCGUCCACGGAGGUCGGUCUCCACCGACGGCUUUUCGCGGUGGAUGGUGUGCGCCCCCAUACACACAUUAAAAAAAAAAAGCACCAAGCAGAGGGCUACACACCAAGGCGGACAUUUUUGUUUCUUAUCCGGGGUCCGGAGGAGCCUUCACUUCACUCCCGCGAGGGGGACAUCCGAGGAUACGGAGAGGGUUGCGGGGCGCUGGACCCUAUCCCAGCUGACUUCAGGCAAAAGGUGGACUACACCCUGAACUGGUCGCCAGUCAGUCGCAGGGCACACAUAGACACGGACAACCAUUUGCGCUCACAUUCACACCGUCACUGAGUGGGAACUGAACCCAUGCUGCCCGCACCAAAGUCAGUGAGCUACAAGGCUGCGUCAUGUGAAGAAGCCUCCACCUUUUGACCUUCUCUACUGUGAUUCUGAGUCUAACUGACCAGAAGUGUGAUUACAACCUGACCCCGCCCCUCAAAGGCCUUGGGCAUGCCUCAGCCGGGUAUGAAUGGCAUGGAGCCUGCUUUUGGCGAGGCCUAUGGGGGCCACCGGGCUUUGCUCAGCCCCUACCCAAUGGCCAUGUCACCGCAAGGGGGCAGGACAGAGUACGACCAGAGCAUUCUUCUCAUGCUGGGCUCCCCGGCGUCCCCCCGCAAACGCCCCUUUGAGCUGCUCAGUGACCUGGUGGACGAUGGCGGCCUGGGUGAGGAUCUGCAUGCUGAACGCUGGGAUGUGUCGGCCCUGGACGAGAUGGCCCGGUACACCAAGCUGGGCCUGGGCGUGGCCUCCGAGGACGCCGUGCUCAUGGGUCGCUGGGGACGGAGCCGCGAGGAGGACAAUCCGGCCGAGAAGACGACCAAAGACGAGUUGGUAGCCACCGCGGGUGGAGGACUAGAUGGCGGCGUGAGGAAGGAGAACACUGUGGAAGUGUACCAGUCACAUGUGGGGGACAACAGCCACCAAUCACCAGUCAGACACAAGGUGGCACAGGAGAAGGACCAUCAGAAGAAGGCGCUGGCGGUGGGUUUGCUCCUGGAGCACUGCAGUGAGGAACACAACUACUCCCUCAGCCAGGGAGGAGAGCCGGUCGUCACUCAUAGCGUUCUGGAGGAGGUGCAUCAUCAGCGGGAGGAGGCACAGCAGGAGGACAGAGAGGAGAAGCCAGAUACGGAGGAUGAGGACGAGGAAGAAGAGGACGAGGAUGAGGAGGAAGACGAAGGAGAGGAAGAGACUGCGGCCGAUCUCUCGAGCUCGUCGGAAACGGAAUGCGAGGCGGAGCCUGCGAGGCCGCUAGGCGAGCGCCCGUCCAAGCGCCGUUGCUUCUGGGAGUACCGACGCUCGCGGGAGUCUGCGGCUAAGAAGAAGGUGUGCGGAGGAGGAGGUGAUUGGUCGCUGUCGUGGAGCUCCAGCACGCUGCCCAGCACGCUGUACCGACGACAAGGCAAGAAAGGGCGCCGCAAGGCCCGCAAGACGGACGCCAGUGACCUGACUCCCAACCCGCAGAAACUGCACAACAUCGGGGAGCAGCUGCAGAAGCUCAACGCCGCCAUCGACAGCAUGGGGCCCGUCAACGACCUCCCGGCCCUCGCCAGGGCCCGAUCACGCAAGGAAAAAAACAAGCUGGCGUCCAGGGCAUGCCGUCUGAAGAAGAAAGCACAGCAUGAGGCCAACAAGAUUAAACUGUGGGGGCUCAACCAGGAGUAUGAAAACCUGCUGGGGGCGCUUCUGCGUAUCAAGGAACUCAUCCGGCAGAGGGUGGAGAGCAGCGAAGAAGAGGACGCGGGCGAACGAGGAAUGACAUGCCGUCUGGAGGACAUCCUUGCUCAGUCCAACGGUCCUCUGGUCGCUGGGCGGACCAAAGACUUUGUGCAGAGGAUCUUGGCAGCCAGCGGGGGUCCUAGCCAGCACAAGGAGUCUCCCCAGGAAAAGCACCAGGUGGCGCUCUAAACCUGACCCGGGGGAUGUCCCCGUGUGAGUGUAUGCUGCUUUUGUAAAAUACUGUACCCCCCUUUUUCCCGCUGUGUGCUGUACUCGUACCCCAUUGUGCCUAUAAAUAGACAAUGCACUGUUUUUGUAGAUGCCUGUAGUGGUCCGCGGGGGGGCACUAGUGAGCCGAGGGGGCUCUGAGAGCAGGGUUUCUCAAACUUAGGGUCCAGAGGAUAAAUUUUUCCAAGGGCCACCUCAUAAUCCUAACGACAAUUAAACACCCAAAUAUGCCAUAGGAUCUAAAAUGUUGCAAGUCAAAUUGUUACAAUAAUAAGUUCAGAUUUAUUUAUUUAUUUUUUAUGGGGGGGUGGGGGGUCGUAAUGUCCUGGUAACAAAUUCAUCUUUUUAAAGAAAAGGUUGUACCCAAAAAUGACAUAGGAGCUAGGGCUGCAAAAUAUUGGAAAAAAACAUGCGAUAUGUGAUAUGGGUGCUGAAUAUUGCGAUAUCGAUAUUAUUGCGAUAUUUAACAUGCUUGUAAAGAAAUUUAAUUUUUAUCUAAUGAAAUAAAUACAUUUAUUUAAUGUGGCAAAAUAAGUAGUUUAUGUAUUCUCCUAUAUUUCAGACGUGUUAUACAUUUCAUAACUGUUCGUUGUUUUCCUCGUUCAUUUCGUCCCCUCUCGUGUCUGCCAUUCUUCCUCUGCCCCUUGUUGCUGAAAUUGUCACUGAACGCCAUGGGUCCGCUCGAGCCAACAGGAGACCAGGAUCUUGGGGGGUGGAUGGCAAUGUGCAUUUAAUGUCGCAUCUGAUUGGUCAAACUCUGAUAAAUGCCACAUGCUUGCAACAAAGCAUACAAUAUCGCAUACAUAUUAAUGUAUUGCACGUCUUUGUGAUACACACAUUGCACGUGCCAUUAUCGCAACGACGAAAUUGUUUUGAUAUAUUGCGCAGCCCUAAUAGGAGCUCAAAAGUUGCCUUUUUUUCCCCCAUUAAAGUCGUAAUAGUACGAUAACUAAGUUAGACCUUUGGGAGAAAAUAAAUGCUAUUGGAGCUUGGAAAAAAUACUAUUUUUUGGUUUAAAAAUAAUUUUAUGAAAACAAAUUCAUUUACUUUAGAAAUAAGUUGUAGUGUUAAGUUAAAUUCAAGUAUUAUUAUUUUUUGGAAUCGUAAUGUUUGGUUAGCAAAUACUUGUAAGUGGAAAAAAAGUUGUAAUUAUUACAAGAACAGGCAUUUUUUAUCGGGAAUAAAAACACUGAGGCAAAGGAGAAAGACUUCCGGGCGGCUUCAAGGAAAUUCUGGUCGACCCUCCGGCGUCUCAGGAGGGGGAAGCAGUGCACAAUCAACACUGUGUAUAGUGUGGAUGGGGCGCUGCUGACCUCGACUCGGGACGUUGUGAGUCGGUGGGGAGAAUACUUCGAAGACCUCCUCAAUUCCACCGACACGCCUUCCCAUGAGGAAGCAGAGUCUGGGUUCUCUGAGGCGGGCUCUCCUAUCUCUGGGGUUGGGGUCACCGAGGUGGUUAAAAAGCUCCUUGGUGGCAAGGCCCCGGGGGUGAUGAGAUUUGCCUGGAGUUCCUAAAGGCUCUGGAUGUUGUGGGGCUGUCUUGGUUGACACGGCUCUGCAACAUCGCGUGGAUAUCGGUGACAGUGCCUCUGGAUUAGCAGACUGGGGUGGUGUUCCCCCUUUUUAAGAAGGGGGACCGGAGGGUGUGUUCCAACUGCAGGGGGACUCCUCUGCCUCCCUAAUGGGGUCUGUUCGGGGGUGCUGGGGGGGGGCCGUCUGAAAGUCGGGUCUCGGAUACAGUGUGGUUUUCGUCCUGGAUUCCGCCAAGGCUGCCCUUUGUCACCGAUUCUCUUCUUAACUUUUAUUUGACCACCUUGUGUUAAAAAAAAAAAAACACAAUUCUUAUAAGAUUGACUCUUCUCUUUAAAAAAAAAAAAAAUUUUUUUGUGAUAGACUUUUUGUUUUAUCCACUAAUUACAUCAAAAAUUGCAACUAAUUUAUUUUGUGGACCUGAGGUUGAGAAGCACUGGUUUAGAGGAUGCGAGG